GUUGUGCAGCUUGAAGAAAGGCUCCAGCACACCGAGCAAGAAAGAGACCACGCACAGAGCCAGCUCGAAGGGUUUUUGAGCAAGAUCUCCAGCAUGAAGACCGUGUUCCAGAAUUUCAAGGCCACGCAGAAAGAAUUGGACGACGUCAAGCUCGAGUUGAACCAGCAGAGGGAAGCCAGAGAACAGGCAGAGGAGACCACAGAUGGCUUAAAGUCUCAAGUUCUGGGACUCGAGGCACAGCUCCAGGCACAGGCGGACCAGCAGCAGGUCUGGGACACGCAAGGCAAAAACCAGCUUGAGGUCAUCGAAAGACUCCGGGCCGAGGCGCAAGACUUGAACGCCGAGUGUGACCGGUUGAGCCAGAUCUUGGGCACGUUGAGACGCGAGUCCCAGAAAAAGGAGGACUUGCUCCAGGACGAAAAGUACGCGUUGGAAAACGAGGUCGGCCGGUUGAACAAGAAGUUGAGCGAGCAGAAAGCCAUGCACAAUGAGCUUGACUUGGCCAAGGAGGACGCCGUCAUGGAGAACAAGAACUUGCUUCUUGCUCUAGAGGAGUCCCAGGAGCGGCUUGCAGAAAGGGAGAAUGAUCUCCGCACUCUCCAAGGCUCGGUCCAGGAUUCUUCCAGGGUGUUGGAGGCCCGCAUCAGCGAGCUCGAACGGCAGUUACAAGCGAAAGACGGCGAUCUCGCCGGCGCCCAGGCGCAAAUCGAGAGCAUCAGUGCCGAGAUGGCGCAGGUGAAGCUGGCGUCCGAGCAGUCUGCCCGUGAGACCGCGGCUCUCCAGAAAGACCUAGAAAAGAUCAAGCAGUUGGAGGAGGACGUGCACAGCAAGCAGCUCAUCAUUGGCAAGUUGCGCCACGAGGCGAUCAUCCUCAACGAGCACUUGACCAAGUCGCUCCUGAUGCUCAAGCAGAAACUGGGCGACUCCGACCACACGGUGGACCGCGAGCUCGUGUCGAACAUGGUGUUGAACUUUGUGCAGAUUCCGCGGGGCGACACCAAGAAGUUCGAGGCCCUUUCGCUUCUUGCCGGGCUUCUUGAUUGGGACGACCAGAAGAAAAUCCAGGCGGGGCUCAUGCACAGUGGCAGGGCCGACGAGUCCAAGCAGAGGCUGGGGCUUAUCUCGCUCUGGACGGAUUUCUUGGAUAAAGAAAGCUCGAAGAAGUGA